ACAAAACAAACCUCGAACACGUUCACGUUUGAUUCCGACGUCAAGUAACAACAUCAGCGGGAGUUUAAGCUCAACACCAGAUCUCGUAGAGAAAACAUCCAUUUGAAGCCUUCGUGGGUCUCGACACACGUACACGUGAACGGGACAACAACACGUGACCGUGUGCGUGUCGGUGUGAUGUCAUGUUGAAUUCAGCCGAAGAGAACCGAUCCAUCGACAGACACAUCGGAGACGCAGCGGAGCUUCUGUCUGCAGCUCGCAGGCUUCUGCUGCCGGUUGUGGUCGUUCGACGCGUCGUGGGCGCAGCGACCUCCUCGCCUCUGUGCUCACAGUGAAGACACCGAGUCACAGGUCAUCGAAAGAUUUUCAUCCCGAAUUCCCCGCGACACUAAAUUCUAUCGAGGAAACAUCUGAGACCAGGCGAAGGCGAUGAUCGAAGAGGGGCGGAGCUUUUCCAGGAUGUCUCUGAGCCGCUCACCUGUGUCGCCCCUGACGACGCAGGGCAUCCCCUCCCCCGCCCAGCUGACCAAGGCCAACGCCCCCGUGCACAUCGACGUCGGCGGACACAUGUACACGAGUUGCCUGGCAACGCUCACCAAGUUCCCCGAGUCCAGGAUCAGUCGCCUGUUUAACGGCACCGAGCCGAUCGUGUUGGACGGUCUGAAGCAACAUUACUUCAUCGACAGAGAUGGAGAAAUGUUCAGUUUCAUCCUCAGUUUCCUGAGGAGCUGCAGACUGCUGCUGCCGGAGGACUUCAAGUACUUCCCCCAGCUGUACGAGGAGGCCCGGUUCUACCAGCUGACUCCCAUGGUGCGGUCGCUGGAGCGCUGGCAGGCAGAGCGGGAGGCCCAGCGGGCACCGCCCUGCGAGUGUCUGGUGGUCCGAGUCACACCCGAUCUGGGCGAGAGGAUCGCACUGAGUGGGGAGAAGGUUCUGAUUGAGGACGCCUUCCCCGAGACCGGAGACAUCAUGUGUAACUCCGUCAACGCCAGCUGGAACCUGGACCCCACCCACGUCAUCCGCUUCCCCCUAAACGGCUACUGCAGACUCAACUCAGUGCAGGUCCUGGAGCGUCUGUUCCAGAAAGGCUUCAGCAUCAAGGCAUCGUGCGGCGGCGGCGUAGACUCGUCCCAGUUCAGCGAGUAUGUCUUGUGUCGGGACCUGCGACCAAGCCCGUCCAUCAGAACCCCGGUCUGGAUCAAACAGGAACCUCUGGACUGAGACACAGGAAGUCGUCUGAACUCUGGAAACAUCUGGAGAAACAUCUGGAGUCUGACCACGACAAACCUGAUCAGCGUUUACAUGUAAACGUUGUGUCUGAUACGAGCAGCCUGAUUGGUCCACGUCGUCAUCUGUGAACAAAUCUUUUUAUAAUUCAUUUCUUUUUAUAAAACUUUGUCUAUAUAACUUUUACGUGUCACUUUGUUCCACUUGUACAAAUAAAAGUCCACAUGAAGUCAAA